CUUGGGAGAAAAUAUGAUGUUUUAUUUAUAGAGAAGAAAAAGACGCGGGCGGUAGAGAUAAACUAAAGGAGAGAGGGGACAAGCAAGAAGAAACGGAGCAAAUUGAUUAUUUAGGACUAGGAAGGGGAUGAUUCAGAAGGUGUUGUUCGGUUGGCCGGACUAAGCCGUAUGUGCGUAUCCCUUUUCUCUGCCCAGACAGGAGACCACAAAGAACCUGAAGCUGACAGCGACUUCUUGUUGGGUCGACCACGCAAAUCUUGGGCUUGAAGCUGAGAGCUGAGCUGCCGAGAAAAAUCCCAGAAAGUUCUUGCAGGGUGGUUAAUCAAAACAAACGCCGGAUAUUUAAGAUGAAAUUACGAAUGGUCCUUUCUAGAGUAUGAAGUUGCAGUUGGAUUCUGUAAAUUUCUGCUCUGCUGUUAAUUUUGGAAAUGGAAAUUUUGGUGAACAUUGUCUACAACUAUCCUGAAGUUCCCCGUCUGCUGUAUAUUGAAUUGACUUGCUUGGUUCCCCCCCCCCCCCCCCCGGUGAAGAUGACUAGAGACUCUGAUCAAGGACACAUAGUCGAAGUAUGUGGAGAUGUCUCUCCCACAGUAACUGGUCAGGGUGGGACUAAGGUUUGUGAUGAAGCCCCCUGUGGAUUUUCUGAUGCCAAGACAAUCUCCAAGGAUGCGAGGGAGCGGUCUGCCUCCAUGAGGAAGCUCGCUAUUGCUGUUGUCCUCUGCGUUAUAUUCAUGACUGUGGAAGUUGUUGGGGGCAUCAAGGCCAACAGUCUUGCAAUUUUGACGGAUGCGGCCCAUCUGCUCUCUGAUGUGGCAGCCUUUGCAAUCUCACUGUUUUCGAUAUGGGCCUCAGGCUGGGAGGCAACACCACGCCAGUCUUACGGGUUCUUCAGGAUCGAGAUUCUCGGAGCCCUUGUCUCAAUUCAGAUGAUAUGGCUUCUUGCAGGCAUUCUUGUCUAUGAAGCCAUUGAUAGGCUCAUCAAUGGGACCACUAAAGUUGAUGGUUUUCUCAUGUUCAUUGUUGCAGCCUUUGGUUUGGUGGUCAAUAUUGCUAUGACACUCUUAUUGGGUCAUGACCAUGGUCAUGAUCAUGGUCAUGGGCAUGGACAUGGUAAUGGUCAUGGGCAUGGGCAUGGUGGUGAUCAUUAUCAUGCCCACGGUGAUCAUGGAGAUUCACAUAGCCACGGGUUAACUUACACAGCACAUCAUCGGGUCACUGACCAGCACCAUCACCAUGAUGAAGAUUCCAAACCACAUGAUGAUCAUCAUCACAUUCAGGAGACUGAUAUUACUGAGCCUUUGCUCAAGGUUCGCUCCGACCUUGAGGCCCACCCGAUGUCCGGUCCUGCAGAAACUAAGCGAGAACGCAACAUAAAUGUUCAGGGAGCGUACCUCCAUGUGCUUGGAGACUCCAUUCAAAGCAUUGGAGUGAUGAUAGGAGGCGCAGUCAUAUGGUGGAAGCCUGAGUGGAAGAUCAUCGAUCUCAUAUGCACACUUGUGUUCUCGGUUAUUGUCCUGGGCACGACAAUAAAGAUGAUCCGGAGCAUCCUCGAGGUGUUAAUGGAGAGCACACCUAGAGAGAUUGAUGCGACGAGACUUGAGGAGGGAUUGUGCCAGAUGGACGAGGUUGUUGCUGUCCAUGAGUUGCACAUAUGGGCAAUUACUGUUGGGAAGGUGCUGCUGGCCUGUCACGUUAAGAUAAAGCGCGAUGCGAAUGCUGACAUGGUGCUGGACAAGGUCGUGGAUUACAUUAGGAGAGAGUAUAACAUCAGCCAUGUGACCAUUCAGAUAGAGCGAGAAUAGGUAUUUGAAACUUAUCCUAGUAUAAGCGUUCUCUAGCUUCUCAGCAGAUGGGCCGUUGAGAGUACAAUGUUUGUUGGGGACUUCUCAAAUCCUUGCUUCGAUGUAAUCGGGCAAGACUAAUCAUAUUGCAUUUCUCAAUAUAUAUUUUAUUUUGCGGUU